ACUCACCGCGCCGGGGCGGGCGGUCGGCUAGCGGGCUUAGCGGGGCACUGCGCAGGGCGCGUGGCUUGGGGGACUCAAGUGCCCCCCCCCCAUCUUCGUCAGGUGCCGGGGUUCUGCUCCAAGUUCCAAGAAGUGGAAGGCGGGCAAGCGGGAGCCAUGCAGUCAGAAUCUGGGAUUGUGGCGGAUUUCGAAGUCGGGGAGGAGUUUCACGAAGAACCCAAAACCUAUUACGAACUCAAAAGUCAACCUCUGAAGAGCAGCAGUUCCGCAGAGCAUCCUGGGGCCUCCAAGCCUCCAUUAAGCUCCUCCAGUAUGACAUCACGCAUCUUGCUACGCCAGCAACUCAUGCGUGAGCAGAUGCAGGAGCAGGAGCGCAGGGAACAGCAGCAGAAGCUGCAGGCAGCCCAGUUCAUGCAACAGAGAGUGCCUGUGAGUCAGACACCAGCCAUAAACGUCAGCGUGCCCACCACCCUUCCCUCUGCCACCCAGGUGCCGAUGGAAGUCCUCAAGGUGCAGACCCACCUGGAAAACCCCACCAAGUACCACAUACAGCAAGCCCAGAGGCACCAGGUAAAGCAGUACCUUUCUACCACUUUAGCAAAUAAACAUGCCAGCCAAGUCCUGAGCUCGCCAUGUCCAAACCAGCCUGGCGACCAUGCCAUGCCACCAGUGCCGGGGAGCAGCGCACCCAACAGCCCCAUGGCUAUGCUCACUCUUAACUCCAACUGUGAAAAAGAGGCAUUCUAUAAGUUUGAAGAGCAGAGCAGGGCAGAGAGUGAGUGCCCAGGUAUGAACACGCACUCUCGAGCGUCGUGCAUGCAGAUGGAUGAUGUAAUUGAUGACAUCAUCAGCCUGGAAUCAAGUUAUAAUGAAGAAAUCUUGGGCUUGAUGGAUCCGGCCUUGCAAAUGGCAAACACGUUACUUGUCUUAUCAAACUUGAUCGACCUAUACAGCAACCAGGGCCUGCCACCCCCGGGCCUCACCAUCAGCAACUCUUGUCCAGCCAACCUUCCCAACAUAAAAAGGGAGCUCACAGCGUGUAUUUUCCCCACAGAGUCUGAAGCAAGAGCAUUGGCUAAAGAGAGGCAAAAAAAGGACAAUCACAACUUGAUUGAACGGAGAAGAAGAUUUAACAUAAAUGACCGCAUUAAAGAACUAGGUACUUUGAUUCCCAAGUCAAAUGAUCCGGACAUGCGGUGGAACAAAGGAACCAUUCUAAAGGCCUCCGUGGACUACAUCCGAAAGUUGCAACGGGAACAGCAGCGUGCAAAGGACCUUGAAAACAGACAGAAGAAGCUGGAACACGCUAACCGGCAUCUGCUGCUCAGAGUACAGGAGCUUGAGAUGCAGGCUAGAGCACAUGGACUUUCCCUUAUCCCAUCCACUGGCCUCUGCUCCCCUGAUCUGGUGAACCGGAUCAUCAAGCAAGAACCAGUUCUUGAGAACUGCAGCCAGGAACUUGUGCAGCACCAGACAGACCUGACGUGUACAACAACCCUGGAUCUCACGGACGGUACCAUCACCUUCACCAACAACCUUGGCACUAUGCCGGAGAACAACCCCGCCUAUAGCAUCCCCAGGAAGAUGGGCUCCAACUUGGAAGACAUCCUGAUGGACGAUGCCCUCUCUCCUGUUGGCGUCACUGAUCCACUGCUGUCAUCAGUGUCCCCAGGAGCUUCUAAAACAAGCAGCCGGAGAAGCAGUAUGAGUGCAGAAGAAACGGAGCAUGCGUGUUAGCGAGCCCGCCUUGCUCUGCCUCUGCACAAACUGCUUCCUCUCUUCUUCAGGAGACUUCAUAAUUUACCUGAAGAGGUUUUCUUGAUAAUUUUCCUUUAAUAUGAAUUUUCCGUGCUUUAUCAGUAGCCCAGGAUAUAUUUUAUUUUUAGAAUUUUGUGAGCCAGACUUGUAUAUUCUAUUUUACAACUAAAAAGGCCUCCAAAGUAUUGUACCAUCAGUGUGCAGUAUCUGUGAACUGAUUUCUCGAAGUGUGAGCUUUCUGAGCAGGAGACAUUUGCUUCAGAGAAGUGUCUGUCCGUUUUCAUUCAGGGGAAAACUAAACUUGGUGUGAGCUUUGUCUGUCUGUGACCUCCCUGGAAAUUAACAUGCAAAGUUAAAUUACAUGAAUGUAAAGCAACCAAAAGAAGAAAACAAAGAAGAUGACGAUGAAGAAAAAAGUGGAAAAGACAUCCAAGCCCUUCACAUGUUAUAAAUGCAUUGAUUCCCUGGUACUGCCUUAAAGACACAUGGCACUCCCAGCAUCAGUUAGUCUUUGUAUUGAAAACUACUAAAAAGAAUACCUUACAUAGAGACGAAUAUAGCAGUCAUUUUCAUGAGGAUUUUCUGGUUAGAAAAUGUAACUUAUGCUAACCCACACUGAAGGGAGUUAUUAGAACAAGGCAUGAAACAUAGGAUCUGACCUUUCUGGCUUUUAUUGGGCACAUUUACAGUUUUCCUCAUAAUAAGCGUGAUUCAAUUUUUCAUAAGAUAUGUUUUAUUUUGAAACGGAAAUGAAUGUCCUCUCUGAGUAUCAAGGAACACCGGAAGUUUGCUUCUUCUUUUUCUUUUUUCUUUUUUUUUUUUCAUCAUUUUUGCUUUUGAUAAAGACAACCAAACUGGGCGCAUUUCUAAUUGGCUUUACUAUUUUUAUUUUUAAAUUAUGUUUUAGUCAUUUUGAUUGUAUAGAUUCUUUAUUAUCAUCAUUUUUUCAAUGUUUGUAUUAAUUUUUAAGAAUAUGCAUCUUAAAGUGGUGAGUUUUCGAUACUUUUACAACUCACUGGUGGUUCUCCGCAUUCUUUGUACACCCACGAAAGACUACUUUUCCGUAAGGUCUUGUGUUCAAAGAGAGCUUUGCAAAUAUUUUGUAUAUUCCAGUAUCACUUGAAACAGUUUUUCAACACAUUUAAGGUAUAGUAUUAAUAGAUUAAAAACCAGGCUUUCUAGAAAAAAAUACUUACAUAUGUAUUUCUAGGGUAUAAAAAUAACUAUAUUCCUGAAGACUGAUAACCACAGCAUUUACUAUGCCCAUAAUGGUCAUUUAAAUUGGGAUUUCUUUCAAUAAACUGGCUGGAUUCUUUUUAAAGAGGGAAAUACUGUAUAGGCAAAUUACUUGAUAACAAUGUUUUAACCAAGUGGCAACAUUGUGAAGUUAGUUUCUGUGCAUUGCCUACUUGCAUUGCCCUAUGCAAUAACUGUAGAGUUACAUGUAUCAAGUCUAUAUGUUUUAUACAGAUGAUAUAUAGUAUUACAUGCCAGGCUGUUGAAUGGAAUUUCUCAGUAGCAGCCUAGAAUUGAAUAGUGAGUGGCAUAAAGCAUAUCCUUUCAGAAUGAAGUGCCUUAAAUAUCUCAGCAGUCUUUUUUGGACCUGCACUGACUGAACUGUAAAGUAGGAGAAAGUUUCAAGAUGGUAUCUGGAGUGAAGAGGGAAGAUGUAGCAUGGUGCCUCUGUAGACAUUCUUAGAGCUUCCAAUUUCCCUUCAGAUAUUUUUAAUAUGAAAUAUAUUUUACUGACAGUGCCAAAUUCUUUUAUCAGGAAACCUUUUUCAGGAGGGUUUUUUUUUUUUUUAAAGUGUUUAAACGUCAAAUGUGAAUUGGUGAUGGGUGAUGGAGAGAUCCAAGAGGAGUGGAUGUGUGAAUGAUGGAUGGCUUUGGUGAGAAUUGUCAAGUGUGCGGUUCCCAUGCAUGUUGGGUAAUGCAAAUCCUUGGAAACAUUGAUGAUGCUAUCCAGUCUUGUAGCUUUAUUACUUAAGGGGGUAGGGAAAAUAAGUUCCCAUUCUUUCGACCUCCUUAAGUGUGUGACUCUUUUCCUAGAAUAGAAAUGCAAAUGUGCAUGAACAGAUAAUUGUACCAUAGUGUUCAGAAAUACAAUCAUAGCAUUGUCUGUUUUUCUCUUCAUAUUUGUGGUGGGGGGUCAGGGGCGGAGUGCUGGAUACAGAAAUUGAAGAUCGCAAUGCUAUGAUGCUAGUUUUUCUCUGUUGAUCUCACUUUUUUUCUUUUUAAACAAUUGAACAAGGUUUCACAAGGUUGACUAACCCACAGCUGAGUGACUAUUGCCAAGGCAGAGCGACUUUCUAGAAAGCUUUGUUGGAAGAAAGUAUGGCAUAUUGCACCACUACCCUGAUUUGUAGUCCCUGGGCUUGCCAUCACUGGCUUCCCUAGCUCCUUCCUCCUAAAAUACAGCUGCUGGGAGAAGCAGGCAAGCACUUUGGAGGCUGCAACAUGGGGGUGGUUUUAUUUAUUUCUUUUGUGCCAGCAAGAAUGUGGAUUCUUUCAGGGACUGGUUAAGCCAAGAGGCAGUAUUUUUUGCUCAGUGUUUUUUAAGGAAAGAAUGAUCCAUGCCACUCCCCGACCCCUGGGUGCAGAAUUGUGACUCAGGGUUGUACCUCCAUUUGGAGUGCUCAAAAUACCAAAUUAUCCAUCUUUCUCUGGGUAACAUAAUGGAAGUACCAAACUUCUGACUUUGCCAAAAAACAAAAAACAAAAAACAAAAAACAAAAAACAAAAGACUACACAACCAAUCUGGUCAUACCCAGAUCGUGACACAGUUCAGUCUGGUUGUUUGUAAACAAUAAAGCAAUAAAAACAAACGAAAUGCACAGGACAUUAAACGAUACAAAGCACAAAGGAAUGCACUUAUUAAUAUUUUUGAAAAAUGCACUGGGGAGAAGUUGAUGUUGAUAACAGUAUAAAAAGACCCCGACUUCUUGACAAAGACAACAAAUGACUGUCUCUUGCGGACACUUGCUACUGUAAUGUUAAUAGCAGCCCCUGCUGUUGGGUGCAGCGAUUCUUUCUGUAUGGUCCACAGCACUGUAUAUUAUGAUUGAUAUUAAUGUAUCCAAUGAAAUAAUUGAGCUGUUGUUCUUCAUAGCCUCAUUAAAGCAUUUGGUUUUUCACA